AUGCCUUCAUACACCAUCAACGAGCCGCACCCAACCGUGCAGCAAAACACCUACACCCACUCCGGCCGCGGCGGAGCAGGCAACACCUUCCUCGUCUCCCACCCCACGACCUCGCCCGAGGGCAUCCCCACCAAGGCUUCGGUCAAGCCGUCCUCCUCGUCCUCGCGCUUCUUCUCGGGCCGCGGCGGCGCCGGCAACGCCCACGCCUCCCAGAGGCCCACCAUGUCCUUUGACGACGAGUACUACGCCGACGCCGUCCGCGCCAGCGCCGAGAGGGUCUACGUCGGCCGCGGCGGUGCAGGCAACUACUGCAAGAAGAGCCAGUCCGAGGAUGCCUACUCGGUCAAGAGCAGGCGCGACUCGUCCAGCACCAGCGGCUCCGACAGGAGCGGCUUCUGGGGCAGACUGAGCUCCAGCUCCCGUCGCUAA